UCCCUCUUCCACGAGAUCCUCUUCAUCGGCGUCGUCAUCAUGGCGCAGUUCCUCGCCCUCGCCGGCCUCGGCCAAUCCAUCGCCCCGAUGGCCAUCAUCGCCGAAGACCUCGACGUGCCGGGGAACCCGGGCCAGCAGGCCUGGUUCGCCGCGGCCUACAGCUUGACCGUGGGCACCUUCAUCCUGAUCUCCGGCCGCAUCGGCGACAUCAUGGGCCACAAGCGCAUCUUCAUCUUCGGCUUCUUCUUCCUCGGCACCUGGUCCGCCUUCGCCGGCUUCAGCGCCUACACCCACCGGCCCGUCUUCUUCGACGUCUGCCGCGGCUUCCAGGGCAUCGGCGCCGCCCUCCUGGCCCCCAACGCCCUCGCCCUCCUCGGCCGCGCCUACCCCCCCGGGAUCAAGAAGAACAUCGUCUUCUCCCUCUUCGGCGCCAUGGCGCCCUGGGGCUUCGUCCUGGGCGCGCUGUUCGCCUCGCUGUUCGCCCAGUAUUCCUGGUGGCCCUGGGCCUUCUUCAGCUACGCCAUCGCCGCCUGGCUGCUGGCCGCCUUCUCCCUGCUCGUCAUCCCGAAAUCCCUCGCCCACGACGCCCAGCUCGCCGGAUCCCCCUCCUCCUCCUCGUCGUCGUCGGGGAAGGUCCACUUCGACUACACCGGCUCCGUCCUCGGCGUGACGGGCCUCGUGCUGGUGAACAUCGCGUUCAACAACGGGCCCCUGUACGGCUGGGGCACCGCCCACGUCUACCUCGUGCUGAUCUUCGGGGUCCUCGCGCUCGUCGCCUUCGGCUGGGUGGAGACCCGGGCCAUCUCCCCGAUCCUGCCCGUCAAGGCCAUGACCAGCACGGUCACAUACACCAUGGCCCUGGUGGGGAUCGGCUGGGGCUCCUUCGGCAUCUGGAUCUACUACUCCUUCCGCUUCCUGCUCGAGCUCCGCGGGGAAUCGCCGCUCGCCGUCUCGAUCGAAUACCUCCCCGCCAUGAUCUGCGGCCUCCUCGCCGCCGGCGUCACCGGCUUCAUGCUGACCCACACCCCCGUCGCCUUCACCAUGAUGAUCGCCAUGGUGGCCUUCUUCCUCGGCCAGCUGAUCACCGCGACCCAGCCCGUGGGACAGACCUACUGGGCGCAGAUGUUCGUCGCGAUCCUGAUCAUGCCGUUCGGAAUGGACAUGUCCUUCCCCGCCGCCACCAUCAUCCUGUCGAACCACAUGCCGCGCGAGCACCAGGGCCUGGCCGCCAGCCUGGUCAACACGAUGGUGAACUACUCGAUCAGCAUCGCGCUGGGCAUCGCCGGCACCGUCGAGGUCGCCGUCAACCGCAAGGGCGCCGACGCCACCCCCGACGACGUCAUGAUGGGCAUCCGCUGCGCCUGGUGGUCCGGCGUCGUGUUGGCCGCCGUCGGCGUCAUC